AUGGUGCUAGGAAAUGGUGCAUCGAGUUCAUCGUUGAACAUGAAAUCAGGUGAAGACAAAGUUAAUAGCAACAAGAAUCUGAGUGUGUUGGUUGUCGAUGAUGAUCCACUCAUCCGAAUGCUCCAUGAUAUGCAUCUCAAGAAGUUUGGACUGAAUCCUCAAGUUGUUGAAGAUGGGAAAAAAGCUGUCGAUCUUUUUCGUAUCGGAGCUUCUUUCGAUCUCAUCCUAAUGGAUAAGGAAAUGCCUGUCAUGAAUGGCGUUGAGGCAACUAAGGAGCUGAGAGAUAUGGGGAUAAAUAGCAUGAUCGUUGGUGUAACUUCACGUGGCUUAGAGAUUGAGAUGCAAGAUUUCAUGGAGUCUGGCUUGGAUUUUUGCUUUGAGAAGCCAUUGACUCCUGAUAUGAUCACUUUUCUUCUAAAUGAGCUCAACAAGAAGAACGAUGACGAUAACAACGAUUGA